AUGCACUCUCCAAGAAAAAAAAAAACUGUCUAGCAAUAUGCACCAAACUGAGCUUGUACAGAGUGACUCCACACAAUAUGUCUUAUCAGGAGAUAAGAGGGGGACACUGGAAGAAGGGGAGGAUCAGAGAAGACAGGAUCAAACAGCGUUUUUACACACUGCAGAGGAUUAACCCCUUAGGUUCCACAGUGAGUAUAACAAGCAUGCUUUACUGCCAGGGGCGGACUGACAACUCAUGGGGCCCCCGGGCAAUAGGGGAUCAUGGGGCCCCUGUGUCCUUGCCCAAACUCAAAAAAGCCUAU